CUGAGGAUAGAGUUGGAGAUGAGCUUACUGGGUUCCUGGCUGCCUGCUGCCCUGCUGUUGGGCUCUGUACUCAGUGACACCUCCACUGUUUGGACCAUUCCCUAUGCCGACGAUGUGUUUGCAGUGGAAGGAAGCUCUGCAGUGUUGCCGUGUACUGUCAUCGACCUCACUCUCCCCUACACCGUGACAUGGUUAAAAGGCGACCUGCGGGGUUACAAUGCCGUGGCCAAGUGUACGUACCCCAGUCCCUUCCACUCCCAGUGCAGCAACAUGAUUCAGGAGGCAGAAGGCGGCCGGAUCAUAUUCGUGGGGGACCUCAGCCAGGGGGACGCCUCGAUCAUGGUGCAGCGUCUGAAGCGGAGUGACGGUGGUUGGUAUCAGUGUAACAUUCCAGACAUCAGUGGGAUGAUUGUAACACAACUGAUGGUCAGAGCUUCUGAUGGGAAAGAUCUGGAGGUGACUGGAACCGAGGGAGCUUCGGCCACGUUACCCUGUGAGUUCACACGGCCUCCGCAGAGCUUUAUCUCACUCACGGUGACGUGGAUGAGGAAGACUCCUUACCGACACAUCGUCACCUUCAGGCGCCAAACAAAUGGAUCGUGGGCAGCGGAAAACGGGGUGACUCGGUACGAGCUCAUCGGGGACCCAGAGCUGGGGGACGCCUCGACCAGGAUAAAGCAGCUGAGUGUGGAGGACAGUCACAGCUACCUGUGUCUGGCUGAGUUGAAGACCAGGACUGACCAUGGAUAUACUUCGUCCUUGAUCAUCCAUCUGUCCCUGUAUGAGGCCCACCUGCGGAUGAGAGCUGUCAAGCAGAUGUCCCCCGUUGUGCUGUUGUGUAUCCCACUCGGAAUGAAAAUUUUCACCUUGUUAGUGAUGGGCAUCAUUUUAUACAAGAUCAAACCCAGAGAUGAUCCAGACUAAUCCACUGUUGGAGACCGAGAACCCAUUUUUCUCCCUUCACACACAGGAACUUCUCCUGCCCCAACUUCUCUGCAACUGAGUGCUUAUGCUGAUCUGAGCAGCAAUCAUUUGUUGUAUGGGGUCUGCUGUUCCCUCCAAGCUGCAUGGGUGUGUGGCUGCACCGUGACUUAGGUGCUCUCGUAUGUGUAGCCUUUGUUGCCACACUGCUGAAUUUUUCUUUUUCAUGAUGUUAAUGUUAAUAUAAUUUUGAAAUCUAUGUUAAUAUAAAUGUGUAAUUAAUUUUGUUAGUAAAUAUAAUCCAUAAAUUUUCUAAAUAAUAAAUGUACCACAACCUUUACUUUGAAACAUAUUUACAUUGUCAGUGUUUCAAGUUACAAUACUGUUACAAAUUGUAACAAUAAACACAGAAUGGAAGUCUGUAUCACAUUGUUAAUAAACUAUCAGCCUUUUGAAUGUCGAUAUUGUCUAAAUUUAAAAGUUUAUGAAAUAUGAAAUAUUUUCUUUGUUGUACUACUCUUCAAUUAAUA